AUGCGCACAUAUCGGGACUGCGGAGCCUCCGAUCAUCUUUUCUGCAACAUCUGGGGUAAUUCAUCGCAUCUUCGACAUGCCCAGGAAACCCACGCCAGCAGCCAAACAGCGGGUGCGGACUGGCUGCCUGACCUGUCGGAAAAGAAGGAGAAAAUUUGCGCAAACUGUCAGGCGAAAGGCUUUACGUGUAAAUAUGGCUCUGAUCUCGAAUUUGUGCCGCCCCGCCCUGGGGCCAUCUCCGGUGGGAGACAGGGGUACAGCAGUAUCACCUUUGUGAAUGAGUCUCCCGUUCCGGUUGGGAAUAAGCCUAAGAAUCAACAGACACCUGCGGAUGAGUCGCAGAGUAAUGCAGAUCUCACGGUCGGCGGAUUGCAGUCUCCAGCUGAUGACCAGGAUAACUCUGGCGAUACGCGUCGUGCUUUUGAAUUCGAUAGCAUACUAUCUUCGGCAGAACCUAUCGAUGAGUUCUCAGAACCUCCAGUUUCAUUUGGUCGCAGCGAGGAUGCGCCAAAUACUCGAUAUAUGAACAGUGCUCCAUACUUUGGAUACCAAUCCGUCGCGAAGAACCGAACCGCUGAAAAGCCAGCGCCUCUUGCCAAUGGGAGCCACGAAACUGACCUGCUUCGACAUUUUCGGUAUCAUGUUGGGCCUUGGAUUGAUACCGGCGACCCUGAACUCCCGUUCGGACUACAGGUUCUUCUUCUUUCGCGAACGAAUAGAGCGCUACAGGCUGCCGUUCUUGCGCUUUCUGCUGGCCAAAGACUCCUCGUGGCGUCUCCGAAUAGCCAGGAUCUGGAGAGUAGCCAGCGAUUGCGAAAAGAAGCGGAAGAGAGUCUUGCGAAUGAAUACGAUCUGGCUAGAUAUGCUGGACACACCCUCUUGAUGCUGCAAGAUGCUUUGCCUGUUGGACCACGGCAGUGGCGAAACGUCUUGAUGCCCAGAAUAAAGCAUGUCAGUGACUUCGCAUCGCGUGCAGUGGGCGAGGAGGUUGGGGAAGCUCUGUUGUGGCUUUACUUUCGACUUGAUCUCGCUGGUUCAAUCUCCUCCGCGAAACCUCCGUUAAUGCCUUUUCAAUCAUUCCUGCGUGGAGAUGAAGUUUCAUCUCCACAUACAGCCACAUCGUCAGAUAUACCGCCAUUUUCUUCUUUACGCCAGUCGCACUCACUAUCACAAUGGACAAUCCUGUGGUCCGCCUGCCAGAAAUGGUACAAUGAGCGCCCUGUCAAUGUGCAGCCGAUCGUGGACAUUCGCGGCGGUGAAGCGGACCAAAUCGACCCAGACCACCAGUCUUCAUUCCCCAUCCUCAUCUACACGACACCAAUGGCGCUGGUCGCCAACGCCGUAUACCACACCAUCUCCCUGCUAUUGCUCACGCAUAAGCCUCGCCUUCUGAAAUCCUUACCUGGACCGAGAUCCGUAACAUCCUACAUCUGGCACGCGCAGUCAAUCGCCGGUAUCGCGGCAAGCAAUGAUUCCCCCGAACAGUGGGAUCCUAUUCUAGUCGCAAGCCUUUUCACCAUCGCCAAGGAAAUGACGCAUGCAUCACAACAGUCGGUCUUAUUAGACCGGCUAGCCAGAAUAACAGGAACAACGGGGAUCAAGCUAACCCAUGAAACCGAAGAGCUACAAGCAGCGUGGAACCUUGCUCGCUAUGAUGAGGAAUUUGAUGAUGAAGCAGACAUGAUGGUUUCAUAA